AUGUUGAAUACUGCUGAUACUGUUAGUAUGUUUCAAGUUGAUGGUAAUGAGGAAGAUCUGACUCAGAAUAUUCAUAGUAAGCUUCACGUUUCAAACGUUUAUCGCAAGUGUUUUGUUGAACUUGAUGAGGUUGGAACCGAAGCUGCUGCUUCGGCUGCUGUCAUUUGGGAUAUUGGUUCUGCCAUAUGUUCUCCAACUCCCCCUCCUCCUAUGGUCGAUUUCGUAGCGGAUCAUCCAUUCAUGUUCAUAAUCAGAGAGGAGAAAAGUGGUGCUGUGUUUUUCAUGGGACAUGUCUUUAAUCCUCUAUCAAACUAG